AUGCUCAUUUUCAUAAUUCUGCUGGUAGAGCUAUCGACCAAACAUCAAACGCGAAUGAUGCUCACUCGCCAGUGGGAAGGCUUUACCGAAGUAGAUCGCCAAUUAAUUUCAACUCGUUACAGCCGUGUUGAGCGCACCGGCUCACUCUGCUCCGGGUAA